AUGCCCUCUACCACUUCACUGGACCGAAAGACUCCGCCAGACACCCCCGAGGAGUUUCUCGAAAUGGUCAUCGAGCUCGAUCAAAGGAGGAAGUCGCAGCGUUUGGCGAGUCAAAGGAGCAAGCAAGUAUGCACUUCCAAAACUUGCGAGAGAGAAAUUGCUGCCACAGGCAUUCCCGGUGCACCAGGGUACAGAGAGCGAGCAUCCUUAGUCCGGCAGGGGCACCAUGCUCUUCGACUUGCCGAUGAAAUUGAGCGUAAGAUGGAAUUACGUAAACAUGGAUUGAGCCGCGGACAAAAGGAGAUACGCGAUGCUUGGAAGGACUUGUGUAACGACAAGUCGGCGAAGUCGUUGUUACAGAGGUUAGGGGGCAAAAACGGCAUAGAUGUCAGCAAAGCUGAGAUGAAGAGGCUGAUCAACAUCUUCACCUACAUCUUUUUCCCAACCACGUCAACAGACGCUAAGAUGGAGCUGGACUUCGCAUGGCAAGAUUGGAGGCAGAUGCCACAAGAGGUUGGCGCCUACCGUGAGCUUGACAAGGGAGGACCUUUGAUCUGUAUGUGUGCUUUCAACUAUGUCAAGGGUGAAAGCUGUGGGAGUCUGAAUGAAAUAGCCUUAGACCGCCUGUCCACUAUCCUCCACGAGCUUAUACACGCGUAUCUAGAUUUCUAUGCCUGCCGUUGCGUAGAAGUCUUGGACUCCUUCGAGGAAAACGUUGAUCAAGCACAAGGGUAUGGACGAGCGUGGCAGCGGAUAGCAAUUGCAAUAGAGCGCGCCGCUCCGGAACUCCUCGGCUAUCCGCUUAGCAUGGGUAGGUUUGAAUCGCUCACAGCGGCUUGGAAAUACUUCAAACAUUGGCCGAGCCGGGAGGAAGUCGAAGGCUGGCAGUUGGUGUACAGCGGAGGUAAAGAGGAAGAGGAUGAAGAUGAGGACAUGUAUAUACAAUGCGGAGGUGGAGGUGAGGACAGAUAG